UCGUGGUGCUGGUGGGCAUGGGCAUCGCCGUGGCCGGCUACUGGCCGGGCCGCGCCUCCCACGCCCCGAGGACCGGCCGCGCGCACGGGCCACACGAGCGCCUGCGGCUACUGGGGCCGGUGAUCAUGGGCGUCGGCCUGUUCGUGUUCAUCUGCGCCAACACGCUGCUCUACGAGAACCGGGACCUGGAGACGCGGCGGCUCCGCCGGGGAGUGCUGAGGGCGCAGGCGCUGCGGCCGCCCGACGGCUCUGGCUGGGAUGCGCUGCUGCCCAGUCCGGCGCAUGGGUCCCCGGGCACCGUCGCGGAGCCUGAGACUUGGGACCUGGCCCCGAGGCGGGGUCCCUCGCCCGUCCCGUCGGUGCGCAGCCUGCGGUCCGAGCCUGCCAAUCCUCGCUCGGUGUUGCCCGCGCUGCUCCAUAGCUACCCGUUGAAGGGCCCGGGGCUGCCGCCACCUUGGGGUCCUCGGACUCAGACUGGCCACGUGAUCAUCACGGUGCAGCCCUCUGGUUCCUGCAUUGAGCACUCCAAGUCUCUGGACCUGGGUCUGGGGGAGCUCCUCCUGGGGACUCCAGCAGCUCGGGACUGUGCCCACCGAAGCUGGCCACGGCUUGACAGACUCAGCUUGGGUGGCUAUGCCAAAUUAGGAGGGGACUUGGGGGCCAGGGUCUGAGGUGCAAGGGAUAACCUGCUGUGAGGCUACCAGCGUGGACCAUGGGACCAGGACACCAGAAGUCCAGUGUCCACUAGCUGUUUCAGUCACCUCUGAGGCUAGGAUGGAUGCCGAGGUGACAGCAGCCGCUCAGGCUCCUGACCUGCAUGUUAGAGCAGUGCCAGCUGCACCGGGCAAGCCUCAGGGGCAUGUGUUAAUGUGGACACCAGCAUGAUUCAGCCUCAGGAAUUUCUUCAGCCCCUGUGGCCUUAGCCCGGCACAGGUACCCGAGAGGCUGCAGGCUAAGCCAAGAGCAUCCAGAGAUGCACCGGUACCUUGGCAAACUCAACAGUGGUGGGUUGGGAUGUCUCAGGCUGGGACAGGCUCCCUCCAAGGUGGCAGUGGAGAUGGACGUGGGACCUCCCGGGGAAGGUGGGCAAUGAGGUGGAACGCAGAGCCUCUGCAGCUGUCCGGGGCAGUGACUGCACCUCUAACCGCUGCCACUUCAAACCCAUUCUUCCUGCAGCCACGUGGGCUGCCCCAGCGGGGAUAACUACUGCCAGUGCCCUGCUCCUGGGGUCAGACUGCUCUCCUGGAGACAGGUCCGGCUCACUUUUGUCGCAACGCCUCUCCCAAGUUGGCAGAAGGCACCCGCCAGUUCUCAGCAGUUCCACAUUCCGGAGCUGCAUGCACUCGGGCCAGUGUGGGCAGCUUAUUGUACACAGCGGCUUCCCUUCUCAUCUCCCCUGCCCAGGGUGAAGGUUUAAUUUUUUCCCAUGCUUUUGUUGGAAGAGAAAUUUUAAAGUAGAUCAGUCCUCACAGUCAGGUCUUUUUGUUUUAUUAUUUUUUUUAUGUUUAUUGAAAAAUGCCAUACAAGAAGCAAGACCAAACAACCUAAAACACGACAGCCACAUCUGUCACUAUGAAGGGUGCAGACAGCAGGCCUGAUUUACUGCCUAACUCACCUAAGGGGUUCCAGUUGGACUCUGCUGCCAUGUUUUGUCAAAUGUAAACAACUACUUGAUAUGAUUCAUAAUUUUUAAAAAAUUUACAAAGCUCCUUCAUUUUUGUCAUCAAAAUAAUAGAUCUGAGAGAGAUUUGUAAAAACAACCAACCAGGGGCUUCUAUUUCUCAUGAGCAGUGGGGAUGCUGGCUAGGCCGAAACUCCAGCUCCAUUUCUCAAUGUGGGGCCACGGCCCCCCAACCCCAGCUGCUCAGCGACCCCCAGAAUACACUGCUGGCCUGGGGGAGGGUCCCUGGAGUUAGCCUCCUUGGGCCCUCAGCUUAGGAAUAUAGGGCUUGCUUUGUGGGUGGGUGGCAGAGAUCUCAUGUGGUUUGAAGGAAAUCUACUUCUGAAGUAAAAAUAAAACUGCAGUUGGGUUUGUUA